CAUUGACAAAAACUGUCACUGUCAAGUUUUCUGAUAGGUUAUAACUAUUUUGGGCAUAAGCAACCGAUUUUUAAUUUUUUAUUUGGCCCAAAAAUUAUACCAUUUAAUUAUUAUUAGCAAUAUAAGCAUCUAUAAAACGGUAUCCUCACAAGGAUAGUUUAAUGUUUGAGGGACUUGCUGGUUUUAGCAUUUCAGCUGGUUUUAGCAUUACAGAAAGCAUAAGAAGGAAAAUGAAUUUGAAAUUUGUGAGUAGAUUAAUUACCCGUUACCACUCUACAUCCCUACAAUUCGUCCCGAAACAUGACACUGUCUCUGAGAAAGAUGUAAAUAUGCUCAGAGAAUUCAUAGCAAACUCCCAGCGAAUGCUCAUUCUGACAGGUGCUGGAAUCUCUACAGAAUCAGGAAUUCCAGAUUAUAGGUCUGCAGAUGUAGGCUUGUACGAACGAAGGAACUACAAACCAGUCAAACAUCAGGAGUUCUGUUCUUCCUUCCGAACGCAACAGAGGUAUUGGGCUAGAAAUUAUGUCGGAUGGCCAACUUUUUCUCAGCGACAACCUAACGUCACUCACAACUGUGUCAAGAAUUUAGAGACGGUUCACAGAAAAAUAUCUAGCGUUGUAACACAGAAUGUGGAUAAUCUGCAUUAUAAAGCAGGUAGUGAAGAUGUCAUCGAAUUACACGGCUCAGCAUACAGGGUGGUGUGUCUGGGAUGUAACAAAAAUUACGACAGAUACUACAUACAAGAAAAAUUAGAAGCAGCUAAUCCUAAUUUUAAAGAAGAUACUGAAAUGGUCAGACCCGAUGGUGAUGUGGAAAUAUCAGCUGAAAGGCUCAGUGAGUUUGUUCCUCCUAGUUGUGAGGAAUGCGGAGGAAUUCUCAAGCCAGAUAUUGUUUUUUUUGGAGAUAACGUACCCCGUCCUAGAGUAAAUUUAGUUAAUGAAAAAUUAGCGGAAGGAGAUUCUCUUUUGAUAUUGGGCUCAUCAUUAACUGUUUUUUCAGCUUAUCGAAUAGUUCUCAAGGUAGAUAGUUACCAAGGCCAUUUUGAACUGUUUCUAAUAAUUUCAAUAUUUUAGGCUGCAGAGACCAAUAAGAAUAUAGCGUUAGUCAACAUAGGUCCUACAAGAGCCGAUGAUAUUGUUGGAUUGAAAAUACAAGCAAGAUGUGGAGAAAUUUUGCCUUUAAUAUGUUAAUCAAUAGUUUAGUUACCUUAAGAAGGGAAUUUCUUCGUUUAUCAUUUUAUUUAUAUAAAAAUUCAAUAAAUAAAAUGGAGAUGGGAUGUUUGUCAAGUAAUUUUUUAGAGAAUGUGAAAUGAAUAUACUUUGUUUUUGAUUUGAUUAAAUCACUUUAGCACAUAGAUUUAUUAUGCUGUUCAUUAAUUGUUUAAUUUAUUAAUGACUUUUUAAGUGGUCUAAAAUGUUAAAAAGCUUAUUUUAUUGGAUAUAAUGGAAUUGUUAAAAACCAGUAUCUUUCUGUAAAAAUGUAUUUCAGAAAAGGUUACAUAUUAUUUAUAUAAAGAAUAAUAAAUACAGUUGGAAUUA